AUGUCAAUUAAAUUAUCAAAACUAGUUGAUUCUUUAAUUGAAUCAUCACCACCAGUAGAAUUAAAAGAAGUAUCUAACUUAAUAAACAAAUUAACUAAUGAUCAAUCAAUUAUUGAUGAUUCAAUAUUAUCUUUUAUUGAAGAAAAUGGUAUAAUUUAUCAAGAUUAUAUUAUAUCAAAUUUAAAUAAAGAUAAACAAAGUUCAAAAUAUAUUGAUUAUAUAAGAAAACAAUUGUUCAAUGUAGAUUUUAAACAAGGUAAAAUUAUAGAUUUAGAAGAUUAUGCACCAAAUCAACAAUAUCCAGAUUAUUUUGAUGAUCUAGUUGAUAAAUUAGAACAAUAUGGUCAAGACUAUUAUCCUUCAACUUUUGCAAGUACAAUAAUCCCAAAUGAAGAUUCAAUUCAUGUUAUUUUGAUUGGUCAAAGAUCAAAUAAUGCUAAUUUUUAUACUGGUCAAUGGAAUUCAAAAUAUACAAUUAAAUCAAAUGGUGAGAUUUCAGGUAAAAUUAAAUUAGAUAUUCAUUAUUUUGAAGAUGGUAAUGUUAGAUUAAAAUUUAAUGAAGGAGUAACUGGAUCAAUUGAUAAUUUAACCUCAUCAAAUAUACUCAAUUUUAUAAAUAAUCAAGAAUCAAAAAUUAUUUUAAAACUUAUUGAAAAUUUUAAUAAUUUAAAUCAACAACAAUUUAAAAAUUUAAGAAGAUUAUUGCCUGUUACAAGAUCAAAUAUUAAUUGGGGUAAUGCAAUUGGUAAUUAUAGAUUAGGAUCAGAUGUAGUAAAUAAAAAGUAA